UCAAGCACUCUGUUCAGUUUUGGGCCCCUCACUUCAAGAAAGACAUUGAGGUGCUGGAGCGUGUCCAGAGAAGAGCAACAAAGCUGAUGAAGGGUCUAGAGCGUAAGUCACCUGUGGAGUGUCUGUGGGAGCUGGGGAUGUUUAGCCUGGAGUAAAGGAGGUUGAAGGGAGACCUCAUCGCUUUCUACAACUACUUGAAGGGAGGUUGUAUUGAGGUGGGGGUUGGUCUCUUCUGCUCCGUCCCAAGGGAAAGGACAAGAAGAACUGACCUCAAGUUUUACCAUGGGAGUUUCCGAUUAGACAUUAGAAAACAGAAUUGACUGAAAGUGGGGUUAGACAUGGCAAUAAGUUGCCCAGGGCGCUGGUGCCCUUGAGAUGUUCAGGAGGCAUCUGGAUGCGGCACCUGUGGAUGUGCUUUAGGGGGCUUGUGGUGGUGCUAUGCUGAGGGUUUGACAAGAUGAUAUCUUUGUUCCUAGGUUUGAAGGAAGUCAUCAAAUCCGAUAGUGUCAUCCUAGCAGCCUUUGGUGGAGAGGCAAAUUUAUAUUGCAACUUCUUGCUCUCAAUGGAGGUUUUGCAAGUCACCUGGCAGAAGAUAAAUGGGUCUUUCUUCCAGAACAUAGCCACCUACAGCUCAAUAUACGGGCUGAGGUUGAUAGGGACAUUUCAGAAGAAGGUGCGUUUCACUGCAGGAACCUCAAAGGCCUCGGCUAUCACCCUCCAAAAUCUCACAUUUGAGGAUGAGUCCUAUUACAGAUGCAUUUUCAAUGUGUUCCGUCACGGCUCUUUCAGCAAAGACAUACUCCUCAACAUCCAGACAAUUUCUGAGCUCACAGUCGAGUUUGAUUCACACCUGCCCACCGAGGGUCUCCUUGCUGCAGUUUGCUCUGCAACAGGAAAGCCUGCUCCCAACAUCACCUGGCUGGAUGAGAGAGGCCUGGAUGAGUCCCCUCAAAUACACUACAUCCAAAACCGAAAUGGAACUGUAACAGUGGCAAGCAGAGUUACCUUCUCUGCCAACCACCGCCAUGCCUUGUGUUGCCUGCUUGAACACCCACAAGGAAGGAAAAUAAAGGCACUUCAUCUGGAGCAAAAAGGAGAGGAAGGUGUUCAGGGAUUCAUAAUCAUCUUGCUGGUUGUAAUAACUGUGUUCUCGACCAUCGUGAUAUGUUGUGUCAUGAUACUGAUCAAGAGAAGAAGAGGAAACCAGAACAGCUGUAUUGCACCCAGAACACCUGCAAAGGAAACAGGCUUACACCAAGACCUAGGCGAGAAGGCCUCUCUGAGCCUGCACACACCCCCAGACCAGCACAUUGUUCAUCAAAAGGAGGACCAGACACGAAGCACCUCACCUCACAAAAGGUGGAAGAGGAACCGGAGAAAGCAAAAAAGUUGCUGGUGCUUGUUUUCAGAAGAAGCUGAAAACCUCAACAGCAACUCCCAAACUGGAUUUGAGAGUGGAUCUGCUGGGUUACCCAUGAAGGAGCUUGGCUGCACACCCACAAAUGAGGACAGUGAGGCAAAGGCAGGUGAGGGAGUCCAAGGAACACCCCACCAUACCUGCCCAGCAGAAGAAGGAGAGACAUCAGCUGUCUCCACAAGGGACCCAAUGGCAGGUGGGGAACCCAAACUAAGGACUCAGAGGAAGGGGCAGCUUGCCCAAGCCUCUCCCAGUGAUGUCCCAGGAGAUCCUAAGCCAUGGGUAUUUGGGAAACCCAUCCAGAUGAGUCCACCAGUACAGACAUAGCAGAAGAAGAGACUCCAGACUCAUCAGAUUCAUCUCUUUCUCCCAGAAGUGGGAAAAGCAAAAAGACCAGAUUACCAGGGGGGAUUUAGGGUGCCACACUCACCAUCCAGCACCCUUCCCCUCCCAGGGCCCCAUCUUCCUGGCCCUGGCACACAAGGCUGCUCCAUGGCUCUUCCCACUGGAGGAGGACAAACACCACAGAGGUGGAGGAAACCCAAGAGCGGGUUGUGUGUCUCUUGUUCCCACCUGGCCCAGUUCCCCCGAUUUAUUUGCAGAUAGAAGGUUUAUUUUCCUUUCCCAGCGCUGCAACUGAAAGAUAAACACAACAAAGCCUCUCCAGGUACUUCCUGCUUGGGCCAGGUGCCGGAGGACAGU